CCACAUGGCGCGCCAUCUCAGUUGUUAGUGGACGCAAGAGGUGAAGGAAAACAUUAAAUAAAUCUUACAAUACAAGUAGAAGUAGCAGUGGACUGCCAUGCCUGCUCCGGGACAAUUUCAGAAGUGCGGCUGGGGAGUGUUCGGCUUGGAAAGCUGGCAACCCUUGGAUAAAACCGCUUCAAAUUCGGCCCAAGUUCAGCAGAGUCGAUGUUCCGAUCCUUCGGGGCUCUCCGCCACGGCCGCUGAACCACACGCAGGAAGGGGAGAUCACGAAGAGGAGCCGGCAAAUGGCAGUAGAGAGCAACCAACAGACAAGAAACUGCUGGCCAAGUACAGCUAUAAGGCUGCUGAAGCCAGUCCUCUAGGACAGCCAGAACUGAGCGUCACUCAGGGAGAGCACCUGUUCCUGGUGGAGAAACAUGGGACAGAGGAGCACUGGUGGCUAGUGAGGAAUGGAGAGGGUCAGACGGGAUAUGUGCCUGCUUCUUAUAUGAUGGUGCUGGAUGAUAUGCCAACCUCGUUGCCAUGGCUACAGAAUAGGGCAGUUAAACAACCGACAACAGCUCCUGGUAAUAGAGAGUUUCAUCAAAAAAGCAGUCCCUACAAGCCAUAUGUGUCCGCCUAUGCCAAGUCCAGUCCGGACUCCGCGAGCCAGGGAAGUGACCAGUACUACUGUAAGGUCUGUGAUAAACAGUUAAAUGGACCCAAGCCUUACAGUGCCCACGUGAACAGUAGAGACCACAGGGAAAAUGUGGAGUAUUAUGGAGAAGAUGGACCUGGAUACUGAAUGUGGUUUUAGUGGUUGUUUAUAUUAAAACAUAGGAAAAUGUGGAGUACUAUGGAGAAGAUGGACCUGGAUACUGAAUGUGGUUUUAGUGGUUGUUUAUAUUAAAACAUAGGAAAAUGUGGAGUACUAUGGAGAAGAUGGACCUGGAUACUGAAUGUGGUUUUAGUGGUUGUUUAUAUUAAAACAUAGGAAAAUGUGGAGUACUAUGGAGAAGAUGGACCUGGAUACUGAAUGUGGUUUUAGUGGUUGUUUAUAUUAAAACAUAGGAAAAUGUGGAGUACUAUGGAGAAGAUGGACCUGGAUACUGAAUGUGGUUUUAGUGGUUGUUUAUAUGUAACCAGUGUGAAAAUGUGGAAUACUAUGGAAGAGGUAGAAUUUUGUUCUAGUUUUUUUUUAAAGCAAAGUGCCAAUGCAGCAAACUCACUGCAGAAAUGUGGAAUACUUCAGGAAAUUACCUGGACACAAGACCCUGUUAAUGUUGUUCUUAAACAAAAAAAAAAAAAAAAAAAAAAAAAAAAAUUAGCAUUGUUGUUGAGCGAAUAAAGUGGAGAAAACUUGUUCUGGAAACUCUUUGAUGAUGUGUUGUUUGGAUGGAUAAUUUGAUAUUUUUAU